AUGGGAAAGGACUCGAAGGCAAAAGACGCUGGAGCGAAGGGAAAAGGUAAGGGAAAGCAGGCAGGCGGUGGAAGUGAUGAAAACGGUUCUAAGGGGAAAGGAAAAUCUGGAAAGGCUUCAGAUGGGCUCGGCACUUGCACUUAUGUCAAAGCAAGGCAUAUACUAUGUGAGAAGCAAGGCAAGAUCAAUGAGGCAUACCAGAAGUUGCAGGAUGGUUGGUUAAGCAAUGGUGACAAGGUUCCUCCAGCUGAGUUUGCUAAGUUGGCUUCCGAGUACUCAGAGUGCCCAUCAGGGAAGAAAGGCGGAGACCUUGGAUGGUUCCCUCGAGGAAAGAUGGCUGGUCCCUUUCAAGAUGUGGCAUUUAGCACUCAAAUUGGAGCUUCAAGUGCACCAUUCAAGUCAACACAUGGGUAUCACAUAAUCUUCCUGAAGUCCAGCCGAAGGCAAGGAGUGGACAGACGGUGGGUCGGGGCAGGUGCUGUUAUACCGCAGAAGGCUUUGCCAUGCCAUGUUAAUUCUCUCCUGGAUAGCAGGGGGGACUAUCAAUUGUACUUCCCAUACUUAUACCUUCAUGAAUAG